CUCGAGGAUCUGUAAUUGUAGUCGAAGAAAAAUACAGCAGUGGCAGAAGAGUGGUUGGGGCAAGCCGCAUGCCUUUUUCUCACGAGACAGUUGUCACACUCUCUUUCUAGCAUAUUGAGAUCCCAAAGCUUCCUCGAGUCAUCAAGAAAGAUGGAACAGAGCAGAUCUUGCAGAGUUCUUCCUCCGGUCACCUGCUAUGCCUUGUGUCGCCUGCUGUCUUCUCUCUGUCUGAUCCUCCUCGAUUCGCCAAGGGCAAAUGCAUACCAGAACUACACUGUUGGGGACACCCUGGGCUGGUAUGACAGGCUCCAGGUGCCGCAGGUCAACUACCAGAAAUGGGUUUCAGGCAAAAACUUCAGUCUUGGAGAUUUCCUCAUUUUCAACACAGACAAGGGGCACACGGUGGUGCAGACCUACAACGUGACCACCUACAAGCGCUGCAACUACAACGACGCCGAGACCGACGACACCAUCGAGUGGUCGGCCGGGGCGCCAAAGUUCAGCAAGGAGAAGGUGAGCAUCGCGGUGCCUCUGCUCAAAGAAGGGAUGACUUACUUCUUUUCGGGCAACAACGACGGCCGGCAGUGCCGGCACGGGCAGCACUUCAAGAUCAACGUCACCCACGGGCAGGGCCUGCCGGAGAGCCUUGAGCAUCAGGCGGAAGCCCCUGCGCAGGCUGCCCCGGAGAAGGGUGGCGUGGUGCCCGGGGAGGCUGUUCCCUCCGUGCCUUCCAGCUUCAGUAAUCCAGUCCAGGCAGGCAGCGUGGAGGCUUCGUCGGCGGCUGGAGAUAGCCUGGCGAGGAUGCUGAGGAACCAGCAGCAGCGGGGUUGGAGGUUUCACCUCGGAUUGAGCCUUGUGGGUGUUCUGCUCGUCCACGGAUGAAGAAGAACCAAUAGCAAGUGUGAUUGUUCUUUCGAUUCUUUUCAUUUGAUUCGAGUUUGUGUGCCGUGGUUUACGUUCGAGUGUGAUUCAACUUGUAGAUGUUAGCGACGAUAAUUCAUGAAAGGAAUCGGCUACUGUGCUUUAUUAGUUCUCA